CCGCCAUGGCUCUGCUGUCGAGACUGGUCCUAUAUCCGAUCAAAACAGUGGACCACAGUGAACGUUAUGUGCUCGCUCGGAAUGGGUGUUACCUAAUUCAGCGUAUGAAAUACCGAUCAGUGCACUCGAAUCUCCGUUUCUUUUAGUGACGUGUUACUCGGUGUCAUAAGCAAAGAACUCUGUUUUCCUCGAUACAAUAUUUUGUGUAGUGUGACACGAAACAAGCAAUAUGCCGGUCUUCCAUACCAAGACUAUCGAGAGUAUUCUCGAGCCUGUGGCUCAGCAGGUUUCCAGACUUGUUAUCUUACAUGAAGAAGCUGAAGAUGGAAAUGCAAUGCCAGAUUUGGGGCGGCCUGUACAGGCUGUCAGUAUGGCUGUAACCAAUCUUGUAAAAGUCGGAAAGGAAACGAUAAACUCGUCUGACGAUGCAUUGCUUAAGCAAGACAUGCCAGCGGCAUUGCAACGCGUCGAGGGUGCUUCCCGUCUCCUGGAGGAAGCAUCAGCUAUGUUGAAGCAAGAUCCGUACUCUGGUCCUGCCAGAAAAAAGCUUAUAGAAGGGUCACGUGGUAUCUUGCAAGGCACUAGCUCCUUGCUUCUUUGUUUCGAUGAGAGCGAAGUACGGAAGAUCAUACGAGAAUGCAAGCGUGUAUUAGAUUACUUGGCCGUUACUGAAGUUAUCGAGACGAUGGAAGAUUUAGUACAUUUUCUUAAGAAUUUAAGCCCAUGCCUUAGUAAAGUAUCGAGAGAAGUAAGCGCUCGUGAGAAAGAGUUGACGCAUCAAGUGCAUAGGGAGAUAUUAGUACGUUGUUUGGAGCAAGUCAAAACGCUUGCUCCAAUUCUGAUCUGCUCCAUGAAGAUCUUUAUUCAUAUUAUCUCUCAAGGUGGAAAAGGUGCAGACGAAGCGGCGGAAAAUCGCAACUACUUGUCCGGAAGAAUGUCUGACGAACUAAACGAAAUUAUUCGAGUUUUACAAUUGACAACGUACGACGAAGAGGAAUGGGAAGCCGAUCAAUUAACUGUGCUGAAGAAGGCUCAGAGCGCUAUAGAAUCUCGAAUACGAGCCGCGUAUGAUUGGUUAGACGACGGACUGGCUCUAAGAGGUGGAGUAGGAGAGAAAAGUCUUCGCCAAAUAAUAGAACAGGCGUCGCGUUUGUCGGAACGUUAUUUACCUCCGUCACAAGCGGAACCCAUGUCUAAACUGGCUUCUCAAAUAGUCACUAUGACCGACGCUCUCUGCGAAUUGCGUCAAAACGAAAAAGGCACCACACCGCAAGCGGAAGCCUUAGCACGCAGUAUUAAAGAGAAAUUAAACGAGCUCCGCGGCUCGGUAGCGUCCGCUUUGGUAGCAGCAGAUAAAUCGGGAACUGCACAAACGGCACAUACAGUAGCAGGUCGUUUAGAGCAAGCGAAUAAGUGGCUUCUGAAUCCACAGCACGAUGACAAGGGACUCGGUAAAAGGGCUAUAGCUUUAAUAAUACACGAAGGAAAGAAGGUGGCCGAGGGUUUACCUGGUAUACACAAGGCGGAGAUUCUGCAACUGUGCGACGAAGUGGACAAUCUGUCGCACCAGCUCGCCGAUCUGUGUGCCCAUGGUCAAGGCAAUACUCCGCGCGCUCAGGACAUCGCCCGGCAACUGUCUCACAAGCUCUACGAGCUGAAGAACAGGAUACAGCAGGCCGUUGUAUCCCGUGUCGUUGAAGAUUUUAUCGACAUCACUACACCUCUCAAGCAAUUUACGGAUGCCGUCUUGGCCCCCGCCGGUACACCGGGACGCGAUCAAAAUUUCAACGAUAAAACCUAUGCACUGCAGACGUUUUCUAACAGAGCGGCAAAGACAGCUAGGAUGGUUGCAGCUGGUGGAAGCGGUGGAAACAAGAAGCUAGCUGAAGCAUUAGCCGCUAGUGCUUCGCAAGUAGAGUCUCUAACGCCGCAGCUAGUUAACGCCGGUCGAAUCCGCAUGACAUAUCCGGACAGCAAAGCCGCGGACGAACACUUCGAGAAUCUGCGCCAGCAAUACGCAGAGACGAUGCAAAGAGCGCGAGCGUUAUGCGACGAGGCAACCGACAGCGGCGACUUCAUCAGGACCUCCGAGGAACAGAUGCAGAAACAUGCGUUUCUUUGUGAGGAAGCCAUUGCCAAGGCUUUGCCGCAAAAGAUGGUCGAUAACACGGCGUCUAUCGCGCGUCUCGCCAAUCGAGUCAUACUCGUGGCGAAGCAAGAAAGCGACAAUAGUGAGGAUCCUGCCUUUAUACAGCGGGUAAAUCAUGCUACUGAUGUUCUCCAGAACAGUGUCGCUCCAAUGGUGCAAGAUGCAAAAUUAGUGGCAAUGAACAUUAAUAACAACAAUGCCGUGUCACACUGGAGAGAAAGCAACCGUGCACUCCUGGCUAACGUUGGACAAGUUCGUAAAGCCAUUGUAGUCCAACCAGAUCUAGUACCACCUUUGGAAAUGUCACAGUUACACAUUAAUGAUGAUGAACAAAUUCCAACCCUACAAUAUAAUUACACCAAAGAUAAAGUAGAGAACCCCGAUCUUUUGUAUCAAGAACUGGCUUCUGACAACGAGUUAGACAAAUCAUUUCACGACGGAGGUUAUUAUGAUUACAAUUUUGAUGACGAAGUAGCACCUCCUCGACCACCUUUACCAGGAGGCGACGUUCCACCACCAAGACCUCCUCCUCCCGAGACGGACGACGAAGAUGAGAUGUUUAUGCACGCCCCACAACCUAAUCAACCGAUAAUGAUGGCUGCCCACGGUCUGCAUCAAGAAGUGCGACAAUGGUCUAGUAAAGAUAACGAGAUCAUCGCCGCAGCCAAGAAAAUGGCCAUACUGAUGGGUAGAUUAUCGGGGCUAGUUAGAGGCGAGGGUGGCAAUAAACGAGAUCUUAUCGCGUGCGCCAAAGCAAUCGCGGAAGCUUCUCAGGAAGUCACCCGUCUGGCAAAGGAGCUCGCCAGAGAAUGUACCGAUAAACGUAUUCGAACGAAUUUACUUCAAGUUUGCGAGCGUAUACCUACUAUCGGCACGCAAUUGAAGAUACUGUCCACUGUAAAAGCCACUAUGCUCGGAGCACAAGAGACACUCCCGACCUGGGAAGAGCUGAUGCUUUAUGGUACAGAGGAAGAUCAAGAAGCGACGGAUAUGCUUGUCGGAAAUGCUCAGAAUCUCAUGCAGAGCGUAAAGGAAACCGUACGUGCUGCAGAAUGUGCCAGCAUAAAGAUUCGUACUGCUUCUGGUAUGAAGCUGCGCUGGGUGCGUCGUCAGCCGUGGUAUCAAUAUUAGUUUCUUUAUGUACGUCGACGUGAGAGGAAACUUACUUGGGGAGAACAUGCAAGAUUUCGAUUGGUGUUCAUAUAUACUAGCAGCAAUUUUUCCACGACAUAUAAGAAAAAAAAUCGCUAACAUAAGACGUAUUUCUAUAUCAGAUGCAAGUAUACACUAAUUGCACACGCAAUAUUACGCUUCUAAGAAAUUUAUAAACUGAUUUAUAUUAUAUUUGUUUUAUCGCGCGGCGGGCGAUUAAUCAUUGAUUAAUUUUUUGUUUUUUAUGUUGUUUUUAAAAGAAGGCAAUACUAACAGUUUUAUAUAUAUACACAUUAAAACGCACAAUUCUUGAAAGCUAGACAAAUAGCAAUAAAUCAAUGCUUAUUCAUAUUUCAUAUAUUGUUUAUUAUGAUUUUUAUAAUAUUUUAUUAAUUUUACUUUCUAUGUUGUUUAAUGAAAUAACCAAGCAUAAUAAUGUAAGCUAAUCAUGAGUAAUACUUUAUAGCUUGAAAGUUAAUCUUUGAUCUCUUAGUUCACUAUCUCUGAAGAGAAUGUGAAAAGCCUUAUUUAUAUAUCCAAUAUAUCGUAAAUACAAUAUAUCGUACAUUAAAAAUGAUAGUAUCUAAAUAAUAGCAAUAAUAUAUACCUGGCAACACAAUAGUAAUAUAUGAUAUAAUGGCGAUAAUAUAUUUUUUUCAUGAAUCUUUUUCUCUAGCCGAAUUAAAAUACUCACUGUCCACAAGUUUUCAAAAAGUUUUUUGAUAAAAUUAAAGGCAAUAGGAUUCGUAAGACAAAUAUGUAUGUAAGUAAAAUAUUUCUAUCUUUGUUACAUAGAAUAUUAUCACACGGGACUAAAAUGUUAUAUUUUUACAAAUUAAACACAAGUAUAGUCACACUUAAGAUUGCUAUACAAGUAUAUUAAACUGCUGUGCACAGCGGUGUUACCUAGGUUUAUAGUGUCCGAAUCAUCUGUAAUAUUUGAAUAUAAAAAGUACAGAAAAAUGAAUAUAUAUAAAAUAAUCAGAGUUGGAUAAGUUUUAAUAUUUUUUUUUACUAAAUUUAGUUCAAAAUUAUUAACUUUUAUCUAAUUUAAUUUUUAACUAACUAAUUAUUAUCCAAUUUUGAAAAUAGUAGUAUUAGUUCGGCGAAAUAUAAAGGUUCAACUUAUCGGUUAUUACACAAUAUCCUCUUAGUAAUAAAAAUAAUAAAUUUUAACUAAUAAACUUUAAAACAUGAAUUUUUACUAAAAUACUUAAAUUUUCGGGAUUAUUAGAGAUACUUCAGAUGACGAAAUUAGACACCUAUCGCUAUGCAUUGUAUCGAUAUAUUAGAAAAAUAUAUUUUUUAUAAGUUUCAUGGGAUUGUAAUAGCAUCAAUUUCGGCAUUAGUUUUGUGUUCCCAUAUUUUCAAUGGUGCUAAUGCGUGCAAUAUUGUCUUAAGCAAUGUUGCUGUGUAAUGGAUAGUGCUAAUCAUAUAGAGCGAUAACAGUUUUCUAACAUAUUUUCUUUGCAGUAUAGAUCAAUUUAAAACAUUAAGAUACGGAAUGUUAUGAUAUAUAUUAAUUCCCAACAGCAAGUAAGGAUAAUGUAUUUGAGGACAUUUUUAUGUAACCAUGUUUAUAAUAAAAAUAACUUUUAUUGUGUA